CUCCCGAGGGCGGGACCCGGAGCUGGGAAGGGGAGUGGGGUCCCCGCGGGAUCCGCGCGCCGCGACACGCGAGGCUCCUGCCUGUCCCGGCCUUCAGUCUCCCCGCCAUGGGGUGGCCGGGUCUUCUGCACGCCGCCGCCGCGGCCGCCUGCGACGCUCGCUUCUUCGGCAUUUCCAGAGCCCCCGAGUCGUGCCGGGCCUGCCCUCAGGCGGGACUCAAGCUGACCCGGCCCUGCUCGCCGGCCGCGCCGCAUCCCGCAGUGGGGUGGGAGCGGGGGGCGGGCAGUAAACACAAGGGCAAACUGGGAGACGCCGGGUGGUGGGAGGUGCCACGAGGAGGGUGCUGUAGAGGAGACCUCAGUCAGGCACAGGUCUGCGGAAGAGCGUUCUAGACAGAAGGAACAGCAAGUGCCGACGGUACAAGCUUGAUGUGUUUGGCAGCCAGCCAGCGCCAGCGUGGCAGGUUGGGUUGAUGAGGAGCCAGCAAAGAAGACCAAGAAGGAGUCCAGAAAAGCAGAAGAAAAAACAGGAGCGUAUGGUGUGGCAUCCAAGAGAUCUUCUGAGGAGAAGUGCUCAGACCUGGGGACCUGUGAGCCCUGCAUCCAGUUAAUCAUGGAGAGGAUCAGCUCAGGCCACCAGCCCCUUAGGUGAGGAUUCCACCUGGGGCUCCGUUGAUGAUCCCAAAUCAUGGAAGCAAAGAGAACUCCCCCAGCCAGGAGACAUUCUUGCAAGUCGUGACCCAGCUCAGCCGGCUCUUCCUGUGCACCGACUUCAGGAGAAGUGCCUGCCCGCCCCUGACCCAGAGCUAGGGCGUCGCAACUUCCCCGGAUGGGGAGGUGGGCCCUCGACGUGGCCUUUGUCUGGAAGGCAGUGCUGACUCUGGGGCUGGUCCUGCUCUACUACUGCUUCUCCAUCGGCAUCACCUUCUACAACAAAUGGCUGACAAAGAGCUUCCACUUCCCCCUCUUCAUGACGAUGCUGCACCUGGCUGUGAUCUUCCUGUUCUCCGCCCUGUCCAGGGCACUGGUUCAGUGCUCCAGCCACAGGGCCCGAGUGGUGCUGAGCUGGACCGACUACCUCAGAAGAGUAGCUCCGACAGCACUGGCAACAGCACUUGAUGUGGGCCUGUCCAACUGGAGCUUCCUCUACAUCACCGUCUCACUGUACACAAUGACCAAAUCCUCAGCCGUCCUCUUCAUCUUGAUCUUCUCUCUGAUCUUCAAGCUGGAGGAGCUGCGUGCAGCGCUGGUCCUGGUGGUCCUCCUCAUUGCUGGGGGCCUCUUCAUGUUCACCUAUAAGUCCACGCAGUUCAACGUGGAGGGCUUUGCCUUGGUGUUGGGGGCCUCGUUCAUUGGUGGAAUUCGCUGGACCCUCACCCAGAUGCUCCUGCAGAAGGCGGAACUUGGGCUCCAGAACCCCAUUGACACCAUGUUCCACUUGCAGCCACUCAUGUUUCUGGGGCUUUUCCCUCUCUUUGCCGUAUUUGAAGUUACCACAGCCGCAAAAGCCAGUGAAGCUGCUGUCCACUGCUGCUCCUCCCUGGAGAUGGACACAGGGCUACUCCUGCGAGUGCUUGGGAGCCUCUUCCUUGGCGGGAUUCUCGCCUUUGGUUUGGGCUUCUCUGAGUUCCUCCUGGUCUCUAGAACCUCCAGCCUCACUCUCUCCAUUGCCGGCAUUUUUAAGGAAGUCUGCACUUUGCUGUUGGCAGCUCAUCUGCUGGGUGAUCAGAUCAGCCUCCUGAACUGGCUGGGCUUCGCCCUCUGCCUCUCGGGAAUAUCCCUGCACGUUGCCCUCAAAGCCCUGCACUCCAGAGGUGAUGGCAGCCCUAAACCCUUGAAGGGACUGGGCUCCAACCCCGACCUGGAGCUGCUGCUCCGGAGUAGCCAGCCGGAAGAAGGUGGCAAUGAGGAGGAGGAGGAGGAGUACUUUGUGGCCCAGGGGCAGCAGUGACCAGCCAGGAGGCCGGCUUGGAAGCAGACCACUCCCCAGCCCUCACACCUGAUGGCAGCUUGGGGACCUGGGUGACCUCUCACAGCAGCUGGGGAGCAGUGGGCCAGGAGUCUCCUGGGCUGAGCCAGGGACAGGGCCUGACCACAGGGUGGAGCUAGGGCAGGGAGCUGGUCAGACAAGGGUGAGCACCAGGCCAGCCCCAGAGCUGGCUGGAGCAGGGCCUAAGCUGUGCCCGAGUCAGCGGGCAGAGGGAGUGGGCUGUUCUCGCAUGCUUGCCAGCCUCUGAUAGCCAAGAUUGUGAUUUCAGAGGAGUAACAGGUUUCUAAGGGGACUGGAUUUGGACUGCAGUGCAAUUGGGAAAGAGAGAUGAAGAGGCUGAGGCCUCAUCACCUGGAGAGUGUCUUUUCUCAGACAGCAGAUACAUUUGUAGUUUGGAAAUAAAGGUUUUAUGGUCCACUGGC